UUGCCGCUUGUCGUUUGUCGUUUGCCGUUUGCCGGUUCCAUCAGUUAAGCGACGAUCGCGGCACGGUUAACAAAUUGUGCGCUAAAAUGUAAAUGCAAAAACGUCGAGCAGAGCUUCUUCAACCACAGCAACGAAAUCGAACGACAACAAAUUAGAAACCAGCCCAGAGACAGACAGACGCACACACACUCGGACACGCACAACCAUUCGCGCACACACACACAGACACACCGUGCUCAAAGUCAGAGUCGGACGGAAGGCAGCUACGCCCCGUUCCGCCCGCCGGAACGCAGAGACCCACUUGGAACUUGGCAUUGCCGAGGCGUAGGUCGAGUUUUAUUUUUGUGCUCCAAUGAACAUUUGAAUUGUGGACUAUGUUUUGGCGAGAAGAUGCAGCACAGCAGCAACAACAACAACAGCAGCAACAGCCGCCGCAUCCACCCAAACGCUUGAGCUUUAGUUUCAAUGUUAAAAUCGCUGUUAAUGUGAACACCAAGAUGUCCACGACUCACAUCAACCAGGAGCGCUCAAAGCAGCAGCAGUCCAGAUCUCGUUCCAGUUCCAAUUCCAAUUCCGAUUCCGUUGCCAGUUCAAAAGGCGACGGCGAUCGCCGUGUUCGGCGGCACACAACGCGGCUUGUGGGCCUGCGCCAGCAGCUGCUGCAUCUGGGACGUCAGCUGAACCCUGGCCAAUUCUCUGUGUCGGGUCACGGCGGCAUUUCCACGAUACUAAUUGCCAAUCUGCUGCUGCUGCUGCUGCUCUCGCUCUGCUGCGAUGUCUGUUGCCGCUCCCAUAUCGAGUCGGACCAAAAUUUGACACCAACAACAACAUCACCAGCUGCAGUUGCAGUAGCUCCGAUGUUGCUGCCAAUGGCCCAGACCCAUAUGCGACCCCAGCUGAACAGCGAUGUGGUCGAGAAGGUGGCCGUUUGGACAAAGCAUGUCGGUGCGGCGCCACCCAGCAUCGCCGAGGGCAUUGCCAUCAGCAGCGUGGUCAGAAUGCCACCCAGCAUCCAGACCCCAACCCAAAAUGCCCGCAGGCAAGAACAACAACGACAGCAGCAGCAGCAACAAGAGGAGGCUGCGGCAGCGGCUGCGGACGCGGCCAUUGAUGAGCGCAUCGUUCUGGAGCGCGUCACCCGCGAAUGUGUGCAGCGCUGCAUUGUGGAGGAGGAUCUGUUUCUGGACGAGUUUGGCAUUAAAUGCGAGAAGGCCGACAACAGCGACAAGUGCUAUAAAACACGCUGCAACAAGGGCUGUGCGCAAUGGUAUCGCGCGCUGAAGGAGAUCGAGCCUUGCCAGGAGGCCUGUGCUUCCACGCAGUUCUAUCCGUACGACAUGCCCUGCAUUGGAGCCUGCGAGACGGCGCAGCGUGAUUAUUGGCAUAUGCAGCGCCUGGCCAUGGCUCGGCUGGUGGAGACAACGCAGCCGCAGCUAUUGGAGAUGCCGGAUGAGUCCAGCACACUGACCAUUAAGUGGGCCAUGCAGUUCCCGGAGAACUAUUUGGCCAGUCGACCCUUUAACAUACAAUACCAGCAAGUGGAGAAUCAGUCGGAACAAGCCUGGCACAAUCUGGCGGACUACGACUGCGAUGAGUACUACGUAUGUGAGAUUCUGGAGGCGCUUGUGCCCUACACCCGCUAUAAGUUUCGCUUCGAGCUGCCCUUUGGCGAGAGCAGCGAGGAUGUGCUCUAUUCGCCAGCGACGCCUGUUUAUGAAACGCCGAUGGAGGGCGCUCCCAUCUCUGCGCCCAUUAUCGAGGCACUGCUGGCGCUGGAUGAGCAUCAUGUGGCCGUGCACUGGCGUCCCGGACGCUACAGCAACGCGCCCAUUGAAGGCUACCGCGUGCUCUUGACCAGCGCAGGCAACAACAGCCGCGAGCAGCUGCUGCCUGCUGAACGUGCCAGCUGCAUCUUUGCCCAGCUGCAGCCGCUCACCAACUACACCGUGUCGCUGACCAUGAUCAACAAACAGGGCGAGGGACCGUCCACGGUGGUCAGCAUUGUGACCAAGGCGCCCCUAGAGCCGGAGCAGCUGCAGAGCGUGCUGCUUGCGGGCGAGCACAGCAUCAUCUGGCAAUCACUGGAGCCAGCGGGCGAGACACGGCUCCUCUACAGCUCCGAGCAGACGAACAUUAGCGAUUUUACCUUUUCGCAGCGCGAGCAGCGGCUCUGGCUGCUGGACGAAUUGGGUCAGCUGCACAGCCAGCUGCUGGAUGAGGCGACGUCAAGCCCUGCCCGGCGCCUGCGCCUGGAGCUGCCUACGAAUGGGAGCAGCCAGUGGACGGUACGCAAGCUGAGCCUGGACUGGCUGCAGCGACGCCUCUACAUGGCAGCGGAGGCGAGCAGCAGCGAAGGAUUCGAGCUGUUUACCAGCAAUCUGGAGGGCGGCGAUGUGCAGGUGGUGGGCGUGCAGCUGGGCCUGGUCGUCGAACAGCUGGAGCUGGACGCCCUGAACGGCUGGCUCUUCUGGUGCGAUGCGGAGAGCCUGUGGCGUCUGGAUCUGAGCAGCAAGCAGCUGCUGCGCCUCACCCAGCCCAUGGCCGCGGUAGCACCAGGCCGCUUUCUGCUGGAGCCGCAGCGCUGGCUGCUGCACGUGCUGCUGCCACAGGAGAAUCAGCUGCUGGAGCUGAGCUACGAUGGCGGUCACAAGCACGCGCUGGCGCUGUCCAACGAUAGCUGGCGCAGAUUCGCAUGGUCCAGCGAUCAGGCACAGCUGCUGCUGGCAAACGACACACAGCUGCAGCUGCUCGAUGGACAGACGCUGGCGCCGGUUGCCAGCUGGCCGCUGCAGUCGCCCGACGGCGGUUGCUACGCGCUGCUGCCGCUGGAACGUCGCCGCCAGCCGCUGGCGCUGGAGCCGACCGAACCGCGCGAAUUGCGCGCGCUGCUGGGCGCGCAGGCGGCGCACAUAACAUGGCAGCCGCCGGCAGCUAAUCCCUACCAGACUUCAACGGCGGCCGCGCGCAACUACAGCUACGAGCUGGAGGUGCUGGACGUGGCCAGCCAGAGCGCCUAUAACAUACGCAACAUACGCAUGCCCCACUUCGGACUGGAGCGCCUGCAGGCAGACAAUCUCUAUCAGCUGCGCGUGCGCGCCAACAAUGCGGCUGGCCGGGCGGGCGCCUGGACAGCGCCGCUGGCGACGCGCACCUGGCCGCUGGGCGAUCAUCGCCUGCGCUGGGCCACGCGUCGCGGCUCGCUGUACACCACCAAUGAGCUGGGCGGCCAGCUGCAGCCGCUGCCCGUGCAGCUGGCGCAGUCGCCGGGACCGCUGGCCCUUGUCAAUGCCAGCGUGGCGUAUUACGUUAGCGGGCGGGAGCAGUCGCUGCACUGCGUCAAUUUACUGCAGCCGCAGCUGAGCUGCUCCGACGAGCGGCUGGAGCAAGUGGGCGCCGUUGCCUAUGACUGGCGCGGCGGGCUGCUCUACUGGACGGAUCUGGCGCGCGAUUGUGUCCAGCGUCUCGAUCCGCUCAGCGGUGAGCGCGAGCUGCUGCCCAUAUUUGGUGCCCGCCACCUGGCCCUGGACUCGGCCCAGGGACAUCUCUACUAUUCGAGCGCGGCGCAUCUGGCGCGUCGCUCGCUGAGCGCUCUAUCCACCCAGCAGCCGGAGCUGGAGUACUAUCAUGUCAAUGGACUGGCCGGCAGGAUUAGCGGCUUCUGUCUGGAUUUGCCGCAGCGUCACAUCUACUGGCUGGUCGGAGGCAGCUCGGCGCUGCAUCUCUAUCGCACAGCUCUGUCGGCGGGCGGCAGCCAGGCCGCCGCGCCGCUGCAGCUGCUGGCGACGCUGCCGGCGGCAGACGCACUGCCGCACACGCUGCAGCACCUGGCGCCGCUGGGAGCGCUGCUCUGGCUGGCUGCGAACGGCAGGGGCGCGCAUCUGGUGCGCCUCGUUGCCGCCGGCACAAUGGUGCCGCAACAACUGGACACGGACGCUACCAUGCGCCUGCUGCCGGAGGGCCUGGUCGAGCCGCUCAGCGCCGUGCAGCUGCUGGAGCGUUCGGCCGGUCCGCCGCCAUCGCCGCCGGAUGAGGGCGUGCGUCCACUUGCCGUGCCGCCGGACAGCGUGCACAUCGACGAGGGCGGCCACUGGAAUGACUUUCGCGUACGCUGGCAGCCGGCUUCCAGCGGCGGCAAUCACAGCGUCUGCUACAAGCUGCUGCUGGAGCACGGCAGCGAGCGUCUGAUCACGCUGGAGCUGCUCACGCCCUUUGCCCGGAUCACACAGCUUGCCCAGGCGCCGCUCGGUCUGCGCAUCAGCAUCACGCCGCACACCGCCUGGCGCGCCGGACCCACCACCCGGGUACAGCUGGACACGCCCGUCGCGGCGCCCACCCAACCCCGUCGGCUGCGCGUCUUUGUCGACCGUCACGCGGCGCCGCUGCAGCUGGCGCCGAAUGUGAGCGCUCUGCUGCGCUGGGAUGUGCCCGAGGAGCAUGCGGGCAGCCAGUCGCUGCAGUAUCGCAUCAGCUGCUGGCGCGGCAGCGAGCUGCACUCGGAGCUGUUGCUUAAUCAGAGCACGCUGGAGGCGCGCGUCGAGCACCUGCAGCCGGAGGAGACGUAUCGCUUUCAGGUGCAGGCCCAUGUGGCCGCCACGGGCCUGGCCGCCGGCGCCACCAGCCAUGCGCUGCACGUCUCGCCCGAGGUGCAGUCCGUGCCCCGGCUGCUCUACGCAAAUGCCGAGCACAUUGGCGAACUGGAUCUGGAUACGGGCGGCCGCAGGCAGCUGGUGCAUACCGCCAGUCCCGUCGAACAUUUGGCUGUGCUGCAGGGCGAGCAGCGUCUGCUCUGGGUCAACGAGCAUGUGGAGCUGCUCAGCCAUGUGCCGGGCAAGGCGCCCGCCAAGCUGGCACGCAUGCGCGCCGAGGUGCUGGCUCUGACCGUCGACUGGGUGCAGCGCAUCGUCUACUGGGCCGAGCUGGACGCGGCGGCCGGCGGCUGUGCCAUCUAUAGCCUGGAUCUCUGUCGCUUCGAUGGUCGCAUUCUCCAAGGCGAACGUCUCUGGAGCACGCCGCAUGGCCAGCUGCUGCGCGAUCUUGUCGCCCUGCCGCAUGCCCGCCAGCUCGUCUGGCUGCAGCACGAUCUGGACUCGCGCAAUGCCACGCUGCAGGGUCGCAGCCUGGCCAAUGGCAGCGCGCUCAGCUUUGAGGGCGUCUCGCUGCCGCUAUGGCGCCUCUUUGAGGGCAGCCAGGAGCCGCUGGCCGAGACCUUGAAUCUGGUCGAUCAUUUGGGCCGGCUGUGCGUCUACCAUGUCGCCCGGCAGCUGUGCACGUCCAGCGCUUUGCGCGCCCAGGUCAAUCUGCUCAACGAUGACAUCGGCCAGCUGGCCCAGGAUCCGGGCUAUCUGUAUGCUCUGCGCAAUGGCAGCGUGCGCGCCUAUGGCCGCCGUCGACAGCAGCUGGAGUUUCUACUGGAUCUGCAGCCGGACGAGGUGCGUCUGUUGCGCGCCUACAACUAUCAGGCGUAUCCCAGUCGCCGCUGCCUGCUGCUGCCCACCACGGCGGCCGCUUGGCCGGAGCCAACGCCCAGCUGCGAGGAGACGCAGUGCAGCUUGCAGCUGCCGGCGCUGAGCGCCGCCGAUGACUGCCCCCUGCCUGUGCCCGGCCUCAACUAUCAGCUGAAUGUCAGCAGCAGCGCACAGCCGGAGCUGCGCUCUCUGCACUCCGCCGCCGGCCUGACGCUCAACAUAAGUCAACUGGAGCCCUAUCAUGUCUACGAGCUGCGUGCCCAAAUUGGCAGCUACUAUCAGCAGCAGCUGGGCCUGGAGCCGCUGCAGCUGCCCGCCCUGGCGCUGCACACGGCUGUGGCCACGCCCAGUGCGCCGCGCAAUUUUAGCGGCCGAGCGCUGAGUCCCAGCGAGCUGGAGGUCAGCUGGCUGGCGCCGCUGGAGCUGCGCAGCGCGAGCGUCUACUACACGCUGCACUGGCAGCUGCAGCUGGAUGAUACCGAGGAGCAGUCGCUGGAGCAGCCUGCGCAGGAGCAGCGCGUGGAAACGGCGGGCGUGCAGCGGCUGACGGGCCUGCAGCCCGCCCGGCUCUAUCAGGUCUGGCUGCAGGCGCAUGCCACGCCCAGCAAAUAUAAUAGCAGCGGACGGCUGCUGAUCCGCAGCUAUGCGCCGCUGCCGCCGCUGCAGCUGAUCGAGCUGAACGCGUACGGGAUGACGCUCGCCUGGCCGGGCACACCGGAUGCGCUCAGUUCGCUUAUCCUGGAAUGCCAAUCGCUGCGCGAACAGCUCCACUUCAAUGUGGCCGGCAAUCACACACAGAUGCGGCUGGCUCCGCUGCAGCCGAAGACGCACUACUCCUGCCGCCUGGCCUUGGCGUAUGCCGCCACGCCGGGUGCUCCCAUUUACUUUGGUCCCAGUCAUGAGUACGAGACGCUGGGCGAUGCACCCAGUGCGCCGGGCCGGCCGCAGCUGGAGCAUAUUGCAGGCGAAAUCUUUCGAGUCAGCUGGACGCCCGCUCUGGACAACGGUUCACCCAUUUUACUGUACAAUCUGGAGGCUCUGCAGGCCCGGCGCACCACUCGUCGUCGGAGGCGGCGGGAGACUACGCUUACCCUAUUGCCCUGGGCCGAGGAGCCGCUGGUCAUCGAGGAUCAGUGGCUGGACUUUUGUAAUACCACCGAACUGAGCUGCAUUGUGCGCGAGCUGCACACCCGUCGCCUCCUGCUGUUCCGCGUCCGUGCCCGCAAUCGGCCGCACGGCUGGGGACCCUACAGCGAGGACAGCGAACGCAUUGCCGAGCCCUUUGUCUCGCCCGAAAAGCGCGGCUCCCUCGUUUUGGCCAUCAUUGCCCCGGCUGCCAUUGUCUCCAGCUGUGUUCUCGCCUUGGUGCUUGUGCGCAAAUUGCAAAAGCGUCGCCAUCGCGCCAAAAAGCUGCUGCAGCAGAGCCGCCCGAGCAUCUGGAGCAAUAUGUCGGCUCUGCAGACGCAGCAGCAGCUGCUGGCCGCGCGCAGUCGCACCUUCUCGAUGUCGCUGAGCGAUGCGGACAUUGCGCUGCUGCCGCAGAUCAACUGGAACCGGCUGACGCUGUUGCGUUUCCUGGGCAGCGGCGCCUUUGGCGAGGUGUACGAGGGUCAGCUGCAGGCCGAGGACGAAGCGCAGCCGCAGCGCGUGGCCAUCAAGAGCCUGCGGAAGGGCGCCAGCGAGUUCGCGGAGCUGCUGCAGGAGGCGCAGCUGAUGAGCAAUUUCAAGCACGAGAACAUCGUUUGCCUGAUUGGCAUCUGCUGUGACACGGACUCCAUAUCGUUGAUUAUGGAGCACAUGGAGGCCGGCGAUUUGCUCAGCUAUUUGCGUGCGGCACGGCCCAGCUCACAGGAAGCGCUGUCCAAGCUGCAGCUGCCGGAGCUGCUGAGCAUGUGCCUGGACGUGGCGAAUGGCUGCAGCUAUAUGGAGGAUAUGCACUUUGUGCAUCGGGAUCUCGCCUGCCGCAAUUGCCUGGUGUCGGAUGGAGCGGCAAUUGGCGGACGGCGAAUUGUUAAAAUUGGCGACUUUGGGCUGGCACGCGACAUCUACAAGAGCGACUAUUACCGGAAGGAGGGCGAGGGACUGCUGCCCGUGCGCUGGAUGGCGCUCGAGAGCCUGGUGGAUGGCCUCUUUAGCACACAGUCGGAUGUGUGGGCCUUCGGUGUGCUCUGCUGGGAGAUAUUCACGCUCGGCCAGCAGCCGUAUGCGGCGCGCAACAACUUCGAGGUGCUCGCCCAUGUCAAGGACGGCGGACGGCUGCAGCAGCCGGAGCGCUGUCCCGAGAAGCUUUAUUCGCUGCUCUUGCAAUGCUGGCGCUGCGAGCCCUGGGAGCGACCCAGCUUUAGGCGCUGCCUCGGCACGCUGCAGGCCCUCAGCUCGGAUUUGCGGCGCACCGAAAUGCUGGCCACGGAUGAGACGCCGUUGGUUUCCGCAUUGAGCGCUAGCAAGCCGGACGCCAAGGUGCGUUUCGAUAAUGCGCCCGAGCGCCUCACGCUGCACUUGGACGCCAAAGAUACGGUCAACACAAACGAUACCGAAACGAGAGGAAGCCCCACCACACCCCCCAUGCACACCAUCACAACUGCAGUCAUAACCACAGCUCCAGCCUCUGAGAAUGGCCAGCUCUAUGCAAAUGAGGGCAUUUCGCGCCUUUGAAAUCCCCUUCAUUUGGAUCUGCCGCCGCCAGUUGCGGCGCCACAAAUUGAUGAACAUUCGCAUUCGCAUGCUCGGGCGCACUCAACCAUGUCACGCCCCCACGCCAAAAUACCGCCCACACACAUACGAUUAUGGGCUUAGAAUUAUGGUUUCUAUUUAAUCGAUUUACUAUUCUGUACUGAAUCCAAACGCUAAACAAGACCAAAAGAUGACCUCAACAAGUCUUAUAUGUAAAUCAAAUGGUUCUGUUUUGCGAUUUGUGUUUUUUUUUUUUUUUUGUUUUUUUAUGUUGGUAUACCCAACUAGAAGAGUAUGCGUAUUCGAAUAUACCCAACUAGAAGAGUAUGCGUAUUCGAAUAUAUGUUACAAGUAGCGAAGCAAGUAUCGAACAAUAAAUACAAGAUAUUUUUGUAGAAUUAGUCUUUAUGUUUUAAUUAUUAUACUCCGCCUCAAUCAGGCUGAUUGAUAUAUUUUUAAGCUUGAUUGAUUGGCUAACGCACUGACUGAUGAUCAGUCAAUCUUUUCGAGUAUACGCUAAUCGCAUAUAGCUUAGAUUUGAAUAAUAAAAACGAUAUAUUAUUGUAUAUAA